AUGGCCAACCGCCCGCUGUUUCGCGGCGCUGACGAGCCGCCAAAGAUCUUCCAGGAUUUUGACAGCUUCGACUCGUUUGACGCAGUCGAGAACACGUAUAGCCACACCGAUGGCCUGGACAACUUCAACGCCACCCACGGCCUAAACGCAUUCAGCAAUAUUCACAACGCCAUGACGAGUCACGCGCCCAUGCCGACGACAAUCGCAAAACCAUCCCGACGAGCACUUGGUGCCAUUGACUCAAACGCCGUCCUGAAGCCCACCCAGUCUCAACAGAAAGCCAUGUCACCACACAAGAUGGGCAACGCGGCACGAAGGUCCCCUCUCAAGACGGCGAAUGCCAAGAAACUCAACAAUGUUUCCAUGCCUCCGCCAGGGCAGCGACGGCAGACCGACACAAUCUGGAAGAAGCCUUUCCUCUACGAGUUCAAGGCGCCGCCGCACUCAGAGAACCUUCCUGGAGUGACAGAUGAGAACUCGAUGCCAUAUGGUGUUUUCCCCUCCUCAGCUACGUCGUCUGCGCCAACUCCCCGGCCGUCAUCUUCGUCAAAUGGAAAACGGAAGCUCCUUGACGCCGCGCCCAUCAUGGACAGCCGACCAGCCAAAUGGUCGAAGAAGGCAGACAGCGAACUGGCAACUUCUCCAGCCCCAUCCAGUAGCUUCGACGUCCUACCACCUCCCAGUUCGUUUCCCGUCAUUGUCGAUGACGGCCAGAAACCUCCACUGAGCUAUGCCCAGCUCAUCGGCACUGCAAUUCUUCGCUCACCCAACCGGAGACUAACCCUCAACCAAAUUUACACGUGGAUCUCCGACACGUACACCUUCUACAACAUCAAAGAGACGGGCUGGCAAAACAGUAUUCGCCACAACCUUAGCUUGCACAAAGGCUUCGAGAAGGUUGAGAGGCCCAAGGAGGAUCCGGGCAAGGGCCAUUACUGGAUGAUCGUACCGGGAUGCGAAUCAGAGUUCUUGAGGAGGAAACCGGCUCGAAAGGGCACACAGAGCGCAGAGAACCUACCUGUCAUGUCAACCCGACUAGAACCCUCGAGGCCAGCCACAGCGCCAGCUCUCGAGCCGUCCCUUCCUCCCCCGGUACCUCAAGCCCGCCAGCCCGCCCGCGCGACAGAGGAGCCUCGCUUGCCUUCAUCUGACGCUACCAUUCCCGAAAGCGAUGGCCCUACCCCCGAAGAGCUGAGCGAGAGACCGUCAGUCCCCAACUCUAGCUUCCGACGACCUGCUCAGUCCCCUGCUCCCCAUGGCCUCCAUUCAUCCCCCCCUGUCGCAAGGCACAACCGCACGCACUCUGCUACUUCUGUCCCUGGUCAAUCUUCCGUGACUAGACCAAGCAAGCGCGGUGCUCCUGAAGACAGCGGGUAUAUUUCCUCUCUUGAUUCCUCAGCUCAUAGGCCCAGCAAAUGGAACUCUCAGUGGACAGCUGAAAGCGGCAGACCUCGGAGGCGCGCUCGCGCUUUGGGUGGCAGUGGUCGUGCUGAGGAUGCGAUCCGCCAAAUUCGCAACCCCUUAUCAUCACCGCACAGUCCAACGAGGAGCCGAUCAAAGUCUGUCAACCAAUCUUUGCUCUCCUCGCCUUACAAGCAAAAUAUGAACAUGAUGGGGCCGAAGACACCUGUAAGCAAGCUGGCUCAGAUGCUGCCAAUCACCAAGUCCGUCUCGCCCCGCGCCAACUUGCUCAAGCAUCGCAAGCAGAUCGCUGCAUAUACUGCCUCACCAGGCAGGGCUAACAACGGCCUUGAGGAGGUGCCAUACAGCCCCGAGUUCAGCCUGGAAGGCACCACCGCUCACGCUUUCGAUUUCACGAGAGAUGCCAUUGUCAAUGAUGAUUUUCUCAACACUCUAGACCCCUACUCCACGUUCUUCCAUGUGCGCGGCAGCGGGUCACCCAUCAAAAGGUCACCACUCAAGAGAUCGCCGCUAAAGCAAUCCGACUUGCUGCCUCCGAUGCCUGCAUCUGUCCUGAAAUUGUCUGACAGCACACCGCGGGGCUGCACCUCAGCACCUGCUCUUCAGUUGAACGAACAAGCAUUUGACUUCUUCGAUACCCCCAGCAAAGCCUUUGAGGGAAUGAGCUCGCCAUUCAAAUACCUCGGGGGGUCUCUGCUGGAGGCUUUCGAUGAAACAAGCCCUCAGGAUGCCUCCCCCUGCAAGUCAAAGCUCGCCCAGCCUCAGCUGCCCGCGCCCAAGGCUGAUGACGACGCUGAGAACUGGGACGGACUGGGUCAUCAACAAGUCGCAACGGGCUUCCCCGAGGAAGAAGGGUCUGACUUCGACAUUACCCAGGGGUUUGCGCAGAUCGGAUGA